AUGAUUCCGAACCUGGAGCAGAAGCGUGUUGCCAACCCGACGAACACCAGCAUCACCAACAGGUCGAAGAAGGGCUCGGUGCAGCUGCGCGACGAGAAGAACGACGAGCUGAUCCGGGCCACCAUCAAGAGCUCUCCGAAGACCACGAAGCAGGAGCACUCCACCCAUGAGUCCUACCACUUGUCCGAGACCCAGGACACUUUGAGCACGGAGGAGAAGGAGAUUCAGAAAGUGUCCAGGUGUUUCUCCUGCUUGCAGUCGGCCGGAAAUGUGCUGGUGAAGGCCAUUCUGCGGGUGAACUGCGCAGAGAGCAUUUGCCAGAACCGGCUUGGGACCAUCGCCUUUCAAGCUGUGCUGGUUGGUCUAGCGUUCUUGGCAGUUGGCUGGAACAUGACCUCUGUGCUGAACGCGUAUAUUUCGGAGACUUUUGGCAGGUACUUGGUCUACGACUUCGGUCUAUCAAUGGGCGCCUUUCUGUGCUUGCUUUGCUGCGGGUGCCUUCGGCGAUGGACCAAUGUGGCCGAAUGCGAAUCCAUGUUGGAUGCCUUUGCCGAUGCGCGUGGCUUGCACGAGGAUUGGCUGAGCCACUGCCGCGGAGACGCUGCACUGGUGCUGACGGUGUGGGUGCUCGCGGUCUGCGAGCGUGCGCGGGAGCUCUUCAUGACGAACGACCUCAUGGCGUUUGGGUACAUCCUCGAGGGAGACGGCACUAUGCAUUGCUUGGGCUCCUUCGCGGUCUCUAGCGGGCUACUCAUGGCCUGCUUGUUCCGGGUCAUGCGGGUGUGCCGAGGAUUUUAUGUGGUGAUUGAUGACUUCUCCUACAACCUGGUCACGACAUCAAACCUUGGCGUGGCCGAGCAAGAGUGGAACCUGAUGCAAGCACUGCUUCGAAGGACGUUGCCACUCCCUUCAGUACCUCUUCAUCGUGCUGCAGAGCACCAUCGUUGCAGCAAUGAUGCUGGGCGUGGACGACUUCUACCGACUCAACGCCGGGGGGAGCCAUUUGAUUUCAGGAGAGGCAUCGUGCUGGCGGGCUUGGCACAGAUGUUUCUCAGCGCUGCCAGUGUCACGGACCACUGCGCGCGGCUGCCCUCCUUCGUGAACUCGCCUCUCGGCUUGGGCUUUCGUCGCGCUGUGGGGCGCUGCUUGGCGUGA